AAAACAAACUAGUAACGUCAGGAAUUAAAAGCGUUAUAUUUUUUAAAAUUUAAGUCCCCUUUGUAUGGGUGUUUGACGAAAAACAGUAACUAAGAUGUAUGUAGCUGCACGAGGCGUGCUCGUGUGUCUGCCUCAAAUUAGACAGAGCGGCCGUUAUGCGCUACGCAUCGAUUUGCCGCGACGAGCAUUCGCAACGCUGGCCAGACACAAACUUAAGCAAGGAGCUGAUGUAAUAGGCAGUGGUGGCAAGCUGGUUAGCCGGCGUAGUACACAUGGAAAGGGUGAAGCCAAAGAGGAUGUGACAUUUGCGUUAUUCCGAUGGUGCAAGGUGGUGUGGGGGAAAAUGUUUGGCAAAUAUUUGUUGAUAACUAAUGUUUUGGGAUCUGGCCUACUGAUGGUGGUUGGCGAUGUUAUAGCACAGGAAUAUGAAUACCGACGCGGAUUGAAGCAACAGGAUCGCUUCGAUGGCGCACGCAUGUAUCGCAUGUUUGUCGCUGGCGCUUUGCAGGGACCAUUACAUCAUUAUGUUUAUAAUUGGAUGGAUCGUAUUAUGCCGCAGCGCACAUUUCGCAAUAUUUUGAACAAAAUACUCAUCGAUCAGCUAUUUAUGUCGCCCGCCUGCAUACUCAUCUUCUUCUACUCCGUGUGCUAUCUGGAGCGCCAAACUCUGCAAGCCACAAAUAAUGAGAUCGUCAAUAAGUUUCCAUACAUCUAUUUGCUGGACUGGAUGACCUGGCCGGCAGCGCAAUAUAUAAACUUUCGCUACCUGGACACCAAAUAUCGUGUGGCAUUUGUUAAUGUCUGUACGGCGGUAUACAAUGUGCUCAUCUCAUAUGUGAAGCACGAUUUUGGCCUGCACUUGCCUUUGGAGCCGGUAGUCGAAAGCUUUGUGGAAAAUGAAGCCAAAUCGCGAGCAGCAAGCCGUACAGGUUAACUGUUUCCAGCAUUUAAUCUAAAUUCAUGUGAUAUUAGCAAACCAAAAUUUGUAUUAUUGUGCGUAUGCAGAACAUAUCAUAACUCUAAGAGGCUUCUAGUUUGAAAUAAAC